AUGCUUUCAAUUCCUGAUAAUCCACAACCUUUAUCAAAGCGAAAACAAAAAGCAAAAACAAACACUAAAUCUGGAACAUCAAUUCUUACUCAACAAAAAGUCACACCAGAAGUAAUAUCAAAUAGUACUAAACAACAACAACAUAAUACAAACAUUCCUGCAAUACAUGUCCAAAAUCCAGUAAAUAAUCAUCAAAAACAAGCGAUUAAAUCAUCAUUGACUUGGUCAAAUCGUGAAGAAAUACAAGGUAUAGAUUAUUUAGUUAAACCAUCAUCAACUCUUCUUUCAACAGCACCAGUUUUAAUUCCAUCUUCUCCUCUUGUUCAAGCAAAUAAAACCAAUGAUAUUCUUCCAGUUGAAGAUAAAACUUCUUCUUUUCAUUGGAAUUCAAAUGAUUAUCAUUCAUCUAAUCCUGUUCAGCAACCUUCAUCGGAAUUACGUGCUACUACUUUUCCAACUUAUUCACUAAUGAAUUAUGCUAUGGAUAAUUCAGAUCCAACAUGGAAUGAUAUACCUGUGACAAGUUCAAAUCAAGUUCAAUGA